UCAAUACGCGCAACUAGUCCUCAAAAUCGCGUAUAAAACAAAGUUACCCGCGAUGUAGUUUGCAUAUAUACGAUCGCGAUACAUGGAAGUAGCACGCUCGAAACAACAAUGAUCAUUAUUUAUAUCGCCGUUUUGGGGGGUCUUCUUAAUACAGUGGCUAUGAACCCUUGCACGGACAGCUCCACACAGCAGUUGGGGUCUAUUCGGCAAAGACAUGUUGGCUAUCAACUAGCCAAAGGUGAAGACGCUAUUUGCGAUGUCUACUUAAAAAAAGGCUGGUACUUUACCGAUAAGUUCAUCUUAGCUUCUACAAAAGAACGUUGUGGAACAGUUCGAAAUUGGUAUCGAAAAGACAAAAACAGUUUACCGGACAAGCCCAACGAACCAAAAGAUAUCGUCUUAUGUAGAAAUGGACGCAAGAGUGACUGUGAUAAAACAGUUACAGUGAAAGGCAUUAAAUGUGCUGACAACAAUUAUGUUUUUCAACUCAUUCCGGCUUCAGCCUGUAUAGAGGCGUACUGCUUGGAACCGCUGCAAGACAACGGACAGGGACCGGAUAUUACAAACCUAAAACUCAGCAUCAAUGUUGAAGUGAAACGACUAGGAAAUGGUGAUAAUGAGUUACAGCUCUACUGUGACUUUAAACCGAGUACAAACACAAAUUACUAUUACACAGUAGCAUGGGCAAUAUCGCAGAGUUCAAUAUCGACCCAUGAACUCCAUCGUUCUCAACGAGUCAAAUAUCUAAACCAGAAUGAUUUCCGGUCGAACACCAUGAUGACAGAAAACCACUUGAAAACGCCAAGGUAUUUCGGAUUGGGAGUAACCAUUAUCUGUUCUAUUACGGCCAGUAAUCUUCCCGCGUCUACGGAGAGCGUCCCCGUCAUAAGUCCGGAAAAGUUUUUAGGCAUACGUGCUUUAAACAGUCAAACUCACGUGCACAUUACGAACCAGAUUGGUGCUGACAUAUUUUAUGAGCUAACAAUUCCAUUUGGAUGUAAUGAGGGCUUUGAAGAAGACAAUGUUUGCUUCUUGGAUGCAACACUGUUUAUCCCACAAACCAUUUCUUCUAACUGUAAUAAGCCAGAUAUAAUACAAAGCAACAGCGAGACAAAUUCAUGCGGUCUACGAUUUUAUCGACAUGAUGUCGGGACACCAAAGAAACUGCACAUCCAACCUAAGUUUCCAACUACGAACGUUCACUUAAGUCAGCCAAUGACGCUGAUCUUGACCACCACUGAAAUCGAUGCCCAUCCAUUGUUCAAUAAUUACGCCGUGGAUACCAUACAGGUGACCGUUUCGACAGAGCAAAUAGUGCUGAAUAACAAAGUUUGCCACGCAGUCUGUGAUCCGCAUAUGCUGACAUUUGACGGACUUGCAUAUGAAAACCAGAACUUCGGGACGUUUGAUUUGUAUAUCCACACGGAUUAUAAUCAGAAAAUACAAAUUGAGACAAAAUCGUGUUCCAAUAAUGGAAAUACACCAACCUGUGUGUGCGGUGUAGCCGUCCAAGCCGGAGGUGACGUAUUCGUUCUCAACGCUUGCGACAAUGGCUUACUUGACGUUAGGUUUGUACAGUGUGGUGACAGAAUUCUGCAGAACAAGGUGAAUGAAAUUUCACCGAAUAAAUACCGCGUAACACUACCCAGCGGAACCUAUGUAGAUAUACACAUCUAUGGUGCUUUAAUGAACGUUUUCGUCUACCCGUCAGUGGCUGAUUUUAAGAAAACAUCUGGCUUAUGCGGUUUGUUUGAUGGGACAACUAUAAAUGAUCGCCUCAACAGGCCAGGUUCUAACCACCCUGACCCAAACAAAAGCUGGAUGGUGAACGCCGCUGACAAUUUGUUCGAUGAAGAUGUGUCGUUGCAGCCUUGGGCAGAUCACUAUCGUUUUUGUACAUGUGACGAACAAACGCCGUCACCCACAAAUACUGUUACUUGCGAUGCUGAAACAAAGAAAACCUGUAAUGCCAUACCAAUAUUCACAGACAGAUGUGUUGAUAUGCGCAGGAAAAGGAGAGAUGCGAAUGGCAGAUAUCAACCGACGGACGAGGGUGACUUCCAUAAAACUGUUCAACUAGCGUUUGUGUCAAACUUCCGUAACACAUUCAUCGAACGGAAGAAACGGGAAAUAAAAGUAUACACUGAGGAAACUGCGAGGCGAGAUUGCAUGCAGUUGUUGAACACCAUAGCGUUCCAGAAAUGUUCCAACGUAUCAGGUCUGAACUUCACAGCAACAAUAAAGCACUGCAUCCUCGACGCUCUGAUAACAGGCACUAUGGAUUGGACAAUGCUCCACUUGGAAACAAUCAAGUCGUUGUGCGUUCAACAAGUCAUCAUUCAAAAAUUACCACCAAAAGAAGACUUGUUUGGAAUAACUGUAAUUAUUAACGGAACUUCGUACACCAACAUAUCGGAUGAGGACAUCGAUCUACCCUUUAAUGUUAUUACCGAAAAAACAUUGGAGGAAAUUCGAAGAGUAGCUUGUCUAAAUGAGUGUAGCGGAUUUGGAAAAUGUUUCAAUGGUUCAUGUGUGUGUAAGAAAGGUCGCAUUGGAGAAGAUUGCUCAUUAGACGCAACCAGACCUCCACAAAUGAAAGGCAUCCCAGACGGAGGCGUGUGUGACUUACAAGAACGAGCUUGCAGGAAAACGUCUGUGUUCGCUGACAAUCUCAUAUUUGAUAAUCUGGUCAAAUGCAGAAUUGAGCCUCAAGAGAUUAACUCAAUAAAUGAGUUGUUGCCUAAAGGUAAUUACCAAGUUGCAGGUGUGCGUCAGACAUAUAUGGAGGUGUCUUGCCCAUUUGCGCAAAGCGAUGAACGCACUGUGAAUGAUGAAGCCGAUAUAGACGACAUUGUAGCUAGAGUUUACAACAUCUCAUUGAGUAACGACGGCGUCAACUUUAGCGAGGAUGACUCGUUGAUCGUGUAUGAUUCAGCUUGCGUUAUCUGUAGAAGGGUAGAAGGCUUUAUUGAAUGCAGAAAAGAGAACGGUUACUGCGUCACAAAUGGUAAAUGCUAUGCUCUAGGCGAUAUAUUUGGUUCCUAUGUUUGUGGUGAGACUGGAGAAGGACCCGCUGCAUGGCAACCCGGAUUCGAGGACUUCACCAAGUCUCUGGUUGCAAAGAACUUCACCCAGUCUCCGUUUGCAUAGGACUUCACCAAGUCUCCGGUUGCAGAGAACUUCACCCAGUCUCCGUUUGCAUAGAACUUCACCAAGUCUCCGGACGAUGGGCCUCGCUCUCGUGGCGCAGAGACAGCUCAAUAACAUACUUAAAUGUUGUUGCCUUUAUGUCCGUUAUUUGUAGACUGAUUUUAUAUUACAACUUUUGUUAUAAAAAUCAAUUGUAUACAUUUAUGAAACUAUAUACGUCAAAUAAUAGCACAUGUUAGUGGCAUAUUUAGUAUAAGCACCUAAAAAAUAUUUACUGAAUAGCUUUCAUUCAAUGUGCCUUUUGUCUUUAUGUAAAGAAUAUUUUAAGUAUAUUUAGUCGCAUUAUUCGAAACUCCACUUUUUCAAUCUUAAUACCGACAAAAACAUUAAAAACCAAAUUCUUCUAGAUUCAAUAUAAAUGAAACGAACACGCCUAUAAUUUCUAUAAACGACUGCAAUGCCUGAAAGUAUUUAUAAUUAGCUACAGUUACGUUGUUGCUGUUCCUAUAAACCAGUAUUUACCCUCUUCCUCUUAUCAAUAUUUGUUAUAAUUACUUUCGCUUUAAUCACGUGCAUAAAAAGUAUUUUGGUAAAUAGAUCUAUUUUAGUUAUAUUAUAAAAUGUGUUCCUGCCUGUUAAAAUAUACUAAAAAUAUUUACCCAACGUUAGGAAAUUUAGAAGUAUCAGAAUAAUUACAUUUUACUGUUAAUUGCUUUUAAGAUUUUGUAAUUAUGUAUUCGAAUGAUCCACAUCUUGAGUUGAGCUUGGCAUACAAUAAAUUAAUUGC